AUGGAAACAAAUUGCAAGUCUUUGAAGAAGGCGCUUGUAGGUGUCGCACAUGCAGUCGAAAGAGUAUUUUCAACAAAUAAGCAGACUGGAGUGAAGAAUGAAAAGGCCGAUUCGCAGCCUUUCAUUGUCAGAGACACUGAAAUGGACAAUAUAAUAGGGUCGCUAAGGUAUAUGUUUGGAAAUGACUAUAAGAGAGAAACUUACCAAAUAAACGACAACGAUUACACGUCUUUGAGAUAUAUGUUUACAGAUAUGCACCUGUUCCUGAAAGACGAGGCCGAACAAGAGAAGCAGGACGAAAUAGAUGAAGAAAACUCAUUUGCAUUUCUCAGAGAAAUGUUUGGUGGUGCUGUUGUCAAAAAAGAUGUUAAGGUGUUCGAUGACUCGGUGAUCAGAAACAUGUCCAAACUUCCCAAACCAUCGUUGCACAAGAUGAAAGGUGCCUUGGUGGGAAAGACAAGACCAGAGUAA